AUGGCUUCUCUUGGUGGUGACAUAGGUAACAUAUCACUACCAGUUUCGGUAACCCGGACACUAGCAGACCUCAACCUCAACAACAACACCACCAAAUCCAUCAUCACCUCAGUAGCCGUCUUGGCUUGUCUCGCCGCCGUCAGCUAUUCCCAUCUUUCUUCCUCCUCCCUAUCUUCUCAAAAAAAGUCAUCCAAAUAUGACGAGGAUGAUGAUGAGGUGGAUAGCAACCCAAACUCCCUCAAAUCCCUCCUCCUCUUCUGCUACUCCUGCUUCCUCAAGCCUCACGCAACCGCCGGCGAAACAGGCACCCAGCAAGACGCCCUGGAGUCGUUUUACGGAAGUCAAGCGGGCAUUUAUGAUGCGACGAGAGGGACGCUACUGAAGGGGAGGGAGGAUAUGCUGGCUCUUGUUGCUGCGCAGUUGAGGUAUAGGGCUGGACUUAAAAACCCAAUAUGGGUAGAUGUCGGUGGAGGCACAGGCUGGAACAUCGAAGCCAUGGCCAACUUUGUCAACGUCCCGGAGUUCUUCAAGACCGUUUACCUAGUGGACUUCUCGCCUUCGCUUUGCGAGGUAGCUAGGAAGCGGUUUGCCAGGCUGGGGUGGGAGAACGUGAAGGUUGUUUGCACGGAUGCUCGCAAGUUUCGACUUGAGGAUUAUGAGGAUGUUGAUGAGGAGUCUAGGUCUGAACCGUCCUCGCCUUCUUUGUCGAGUUGGUGGGAGGAGACGACGAAGAAGCCGGGACAUGCGGGAGCUGAGUUGAUUACUAUGUCUUAUAGUCUUUCGAUGAUGCCGGAUUAUUUCUCGAUUGUUGACUCUCUUGAGUCACUUUUGGCACCUCACGGCUUGCUUGCCGUCGUGGACUUUUAUGCCCAGUCGAAAGUUGACUUCGGUUUUCGCAACUACACGGGUGGUCUCGUGAACCGGCACGUUGGCUAUUUUGGGCGGAACUUUUGGCGCUCGUGGUUCGAUGCUGACCGGGUGUCUCUUGAGCCUGCUCGUCGAGAUUAUCUCGAGUACCGGUUCGGGACUGUCCUCACCGUCAACGCCCGCAACAACACUCUGGGGGUCAUUCCUUACUACAUCUGGCUGGGAUGCCACAAGAAGCCGUUUUCUACGUCGAGUCUACCACACGAAAUUGUGGAACACAUCGAUGCCAUAGCGACCGAGUCCCCAAGAUCAUCACCACGUCUAGUGGGCAAACAUUCCUCAGCAAGAAAUGCGCUGGCCUUCGCAGUCGACCGCACAGCACCAGAGAUGCGCUCAAAGGCCUUUAACACGGCCAUCGAAAACAUAUCCGCCAACCUACCUCUCCCCUCCUUCUUCUACCAAAACCAUCACUGGAGGAUCUACUACGACGACCAGCUCCAAAAGCACGCCCAAUUCAACGACGAGUACAUCUACGCCUUCACUUGGGAAGACUCGCGCGUCGACAAGGAGCUCCUCAACCUCGGCCCCGACGACGUCGUCCUAGCCAUCACCAGCGCCGGCGACAACAUCCUCUCCUACCUGAUGCAAAGUCCCGCCCGCGUGCACGCCAUCGACCUUAACCCAACACAGAACCACCUGCUCGAACUCAAAGUCGCCUCUUUUACCGCUCUCGACUACCCCGACGUCUGGAAGAUCUUUGGCGAGGGCAAACACCCCGACUUCCGCUCCCUGCUGAUCUCCAAACUCUCCCCCCACCUCUCCAGCCGCGCCUUCCAGUACUGGCUUUCCAACGCACACAUCUUCACCAACCCUUCCGGCCGCGGCCUCUACGACACCGGUGGUUCCCGCUACGCUAUCCGUUUCUUCCGGUGGAUUUCCACACUCUUCUUCUGCCGCUCGGCCGUGCGCCAACUCCUCUCCACUUCGACGCUGAAAGAGCAACGAACCAUCUACCAGACCAAAAUCCGCCCCUGUCUGCUCAACCGGCUCGUUAACGGCCUGGUCCUCAGCUCCGACGCCUUCCUCUGGUCAGCUUUGGGCGUGCCCAAAAACCAAGUAGCUAUGAUUGAAUCCGACUACCACCGUUCUACUUCCCCCAGCCCCGGCAAACAAAAACCAAGCCGCGCCCAAGCAAUCCUAAACUACACAACCUCCACCCUGGACCCCGUCCUCUCCACCUCCCACCUUGCUACCGACAACCCAUACUACCUCGUCUGUCUGCUAGGUCACUACACUUCCCAAUGCCACCCCGAUUACCUCUCUCCUGCUGCGCACUCCAUACUUAGCCAACCCCACGCUUUUGAUGGUCUACGCAUCCACACGGAUGAGAUACAGGAGGUGUUGGCGAGGUUUAAACCAGGCACGUUAAGCGUCGCGGUGGUGAUGGAUAGUAUGGAUUGGUUUGAUCCGCCUUCGCCUGAGGAGGAAAAGGAAGGAAAGGGGAAGGCGAGGGAACAGGUAAGGAGGUUGAAUAGGGCGUUGAAGGUGGGCGGGAAGGUGUUGUUGAGGAGCGCGGGAGUGGAGCCGUGGUAUGUGAAGGUUUUUGUGCAGGAAGGGUUUGAAGCGAGAAGGGUUGGGUGUAGGUCUAAAGAGGGGACGGAGUGUAUUGAUAGGGUUAAUAUGUAUGCUAGUUGUUGGGUUUUGGAGAAGGUUGAGGGUUUGGAGGAGUUGGAUUUUGCAUAA